AUGAUAGUUGACAUUAGUUGGCCCUCAACAGUCAGGGCCAACAAAGCCAGUUCAACUUGGCCUGUAGUGCAAGCAGUGCAAGCCAUGAGAAGCUGGAUGUGGCCGUGGUUGUUUUGCUGGAGUACACUGAGUACAGGUGCCACGGAGCUUCCCCCCGCCAAGAUGCUUCAGAUGGGUCGCAUAAUGCAGUGCACCUUCUGCCAGAUUCUGGUGAGUGAGGUGGUUGAUGCUGCAUACCGGGAUCUCACGGACUCGGCGGCCCUGCGAAAACUGAACAAGCACUGCUCGGACAUUUCUUCUCGAAUCGCGACCUUGUCGGGCGCCACCUCACCCAAGGAAUCUGAGGACUUCUGUGCUCGGAUGGUGAGGGAGCAUGGAGGAGACCUGCUGGAUGCAAAGUCUAUGGGUGAGGACCUGACGAGCUUCUGCGUGCAGGAUGACUUCUGCCGGCCCGGCCGGGACGCUGAGGCGGAUGCCCUCGUAGAAGGCAUCAUGAGCAACUUGGGGCACAAGGAGGAUUGUGCAGCAAGUUCCGAUACGUCAUGA